AGAUAAGACUUUUCAACUUGGCCACAGUUUUAAGAGUUCAGUCGUUAUUAGAUUCGAUAUUGUAGAACAAGAGCCACAAAAAUGGCGAAGAUUUUGAUAUUUUUCGCCUGUGUAGCAGGAGCCCUAUCUGCAACAGUAGUAGAUGUUCUAAAAGCAAGAAGAGAAGCCACAUUGGUUAGCCUUAUACAGUUGGCUGGGUUGGAGACCGCUCUCUCAGGAGAAGGUCCAUUCACGGUUUUCGCACCAAGUGAAACAGCAUUUCGUAGGCUGGGUUCAAGUACGUUGGCUGCCUUGAAGAGUGACCCUACAAAACUUGCUGAAAUUCUCAAAUAUCAUGUGGUGUCCGGAAUCUAUGACUCAAGCAACCUUACGGUGAACGAGAUGAUGUUGGAUAGCUUGUCACAACAAAAGAUACGAGUCAACUAUUACAUGUAUAACAAGCACAUAGCUGUUGAAGGUGCACGUGUGAUCGGUGCUAACUACAGAGCAAGCAAUGGUAUCGUGCACAUAGUAGAUAAAGUUAUGAUGGCACCGACGGGAACCAUUGCCGACAUUCUGUCCACCAACUCUGAUCUUACCACUCUGAAAGCUGCAGUUGACGCAGCUGGAUUGACCAGUGCUUUAACAGAGGGACCUUACACACUUUUUGCACCGACGGAUGCUGCAUUUGCCCUACUUGGAAAUGACACCAUACAGGCACUUCUCGGAGAAACAGAUCUUCUACAGUCAAUCCUUCUCUACCACGUUAUACAUGGUACUCUGUACAGCACGGGUAUGCAUUCAGGAGCACUGCACACACUAGAGGAUGUAGAUCGCGAGAGACUUACAGCUUCGUUUGGAGGAUACCAAGUGAGUGUUGAUGGUGCACGUGUAACUCAAAAGGAUAUCAGUGCAACAAAUGGAGUGAUCCACGUCAUUAAUCACGUUCUUCUUCCAAGCUCACUUAAAUCAGCAAUUGCCAAUUUGAAACCAUAAUCAAAUAAAUGUCUUCCAAUUCGCCAA